GGGUCCAGCCAAGUGUCAAAGUUUUGAUUACUUUUUUAGCUUUCAUUUUUAGUGAAUCUUCUUUUGAAAAAAAGUGGUGUUCUGGGAGACAUUCUGGGUGAUUUUGUUAACCCCACUCUUGUGAUUGUGGCAGUUUCAGUUGAUCCCAUUUCCCCUUACACUAAAUUUUCAUAAAUGGAUGGGCAACCAAGGCGCGAGGCCUUCCUUGUUGCAAACUCUAAAAUUAGUAAAAUGUAUUCUGCAAAUGGAAAUGAAUCUUUUGUUCAAGUUUUGGCACCAAAAAAAAACAACAUCAUAAAUAUUGCUGCUGUUGCCACUCAUACUAAGAAAUUGUCCACUGCGACUCGCUUUGAAUUGGUCCAGAGAAAACCUCUCGAAGGAAGUUCAGCCUCUGCUGUUGUUGCAUCCACCACUGCUGUAUCUAGCUCCCAUGCAAGCGGUUAUGAUGCACGAACCAACCAUGGAAGACGCAAGGCCUUUGAUGAUCUUUCCAAACCCAGUCGAAAAGGCACGAUGGGUAUUCUUCGUGAAGCUCGUGUUGUUGUGCAUCGCCUGACCGAUCAACAAAUCAAAGACGCCGGAAACAAAUCAACAAGACCGACUAUAACUCACAUUUCGGCACGGAAAAGUUUGGACAAGGCUAAACAUAACGUUGCUGCUCGUAAUAAGUUACUGGCCAGUGCGACUGUCGACGAAGCGACUGAAAGCCUCAACGUUCACGUAAACCCAAAUACUAAGACACUAACAAACAAAUCUCGUUUCGCUACCGCUUCUGGGUCGUCUGGAUCUGUCAGUUCAUCAUCGAAUCAAUUUGUGAGCAGGACUCGAGGAAAACCGGUGGCAAAUAUAGUCCCAGAUAUUGACACGUUUACAUGUACUAAGCCAGUGGGAAUGAUGCCUACUAAAGCCACUGGAGAGAACGAGCUCAAGCGCAAGGAAUUGAAACUAAAGCAGUUAAAGGGAAAAGAAGAUGAGUCUGCUCGCAAGUGCGAAGAGUCUUUGAAAGUCAAGGAACAAAAACGGAAACACGAGGGUCGAGCGAAGCGUGCCUUGGCAAGGCAUUCCCAUGCCUUCCGAGCGAAGCGUGCCUCGGCAAAGAUUUUUUUUUUUUUUUUUUUUGCAAAGAUUGGACAACUGGAGGACAAAGGAGAAAGGAGUGCCCACUUGAAGCAGAGAAUGCAAGCUGGGAACCAAGAGAAGGCAAAACGGCAAACUGAGGUUGAAAAAGCCAAAGCUGGCGCUUUCGCUGAUGUGGCAGUCCCAGGACCUUCCACGUUGAACGCUACCGUCACGCUGCCUUCGUCUCUCUUUGCAAACUACCAGAUCACGCCAGUGCACGUGACCAAAAAUGGAAAACCUUUCAAUCCCGACAACUAUGAUAUCGGUGAUUUGCGCGCAGAUGACUCACCCGACAAGUGGUACAGGCCGAAAAAAACUAUUCCUACCUGGGCUAGAAGUUGCAAUUUUAUAGUGCCGUUAGAGCAGCAAGUGGAAGCUGACAUCGUCAUGUUUUUAUGGAAAAAAGCAUAA